CUGUGAUUACUGGUGUUGACUGCCAAAGGAAACUUGAAAACAUGGUUCAGCUGAUGGAAAAUCUUGAGGACUCUGUUAGUAACCUUCAAUUUAAUGAAAGAAUCGUAGACAGAAAUAAAAUAGUGAAGAAAGAGAAGGAAAGAAAGGAUUGAAUUCGAAAGGUUCUCUCAUGUUCAGUUUGCUAUGACUUGUUACUAAGGACCUCUGUCAAUAGAUUCACCCAAAAUUCAUUGUUAGCUUGCUGGGAUGAAGAUGGUGAAUAGAUGGUGAUGAAACUGUUAUAAUAAUGAAGGUGAACAAAAGACUGUAAGAUAAGAGUGUAAUGAAUGUUAGUUAAUCUAACAAUAAAUUUGUCAUCUUUUGUUUCCGAGUUGAUCACCAUUAAUCCAUGAAAAUCACCAUUUUCCAGUCAAAUCUAUUCCAUUAGUUAUCCCUUAUUUGCUUUGAGCUGUUUUUUCAUUUUGCACUUUUGUGACGACUUCACUCGAUCUGGUUACCUCUAGUGCUGGGGGUUAGUAUUUAUUUUAACCAUAAAUGUUUCAAGCUGACCAAUUUGUCCAUCUUUACAAUUAUAAUUGUUAUUCUCCACCAAUUAACCACCACUAUAUGUUAAUUUACAAGCUUGAAAGUGAAACCAAUUUACAGCAAUUGCAUUGCAAUUUUGUGCCAAAAUUACCAACACAAGUGUUAAGAUCCGUUUCCAUUUACAUCCAUUGAAUCGCACAAACAUGGGAUAAACUUACACACGGGUCAAGUUCAAUUUUAUGAGUUAAUUUUGUUUUAUUUUCGUUUCCAGCUUGUUGUUAAUUGCAGUUGUUCAGUAUUUGCUCGUCCAAUCCCAAGAAAAACAUCAACAUUAGUACCAGAAAUUUUGAUUGCCAAUGGGAGGUUUGAAAAAUCUCUCAUUAUAUUGCAAACUGAUCAACUGUUUGCUGCACAAGAUAACUAAUUGAGAGACUCUGAUGAAGGAUCGUGGUUAAUUAGAGUCUCCUAAUUUACCUUCAACCAAGUCAAAUCAAUUAGGAUUGUCAAGUCAACCGUCAAACCAAUUGUCAGAUGAUAACAUCAUUAACUGGACAACAAAAUCACAUUGGUUGAACAAGCCAUCACAGUCAAAAACUAUUUAACCCUGGGUCACAAAUUAAUUGUCGACUAAAUCUGCUUCAAUUUAUUCAUCUGGCACAAAGAUUAAUUACGAGUUAAGAUGACUCGAUUAAAGCCAACAAAGGCUUAUCCUAAAGCUCCUGAUGGUGGAUAUGGUUGGAUGAUUGUCCUUUCCUCUUUCAUGAUUCAUUUCCUUGCCGAUGGAAUCACUUACACGUUCGGCAUAUUUUAUGUUGAAUUGUUGAAACAUUUCAAGGCAGGUAAAGGAAUAACAGCAUGGGUUCCAAGUAUCAUGACUGGGAUCACUUAUGGAAUUGGUCCAAUCGCAAGUGGACUAACAAAUAAAUAUGGCUGCCGUACUAUUACGAUUGUUGGUGCCUUGUUCGCAAGCUUUGGAUUAGUGACCAGUGUAAUAGCACCCAAUGUUACUUAUCUUUUUUUCUCUAUUGGAAUUUGUGCAGGAGCUGGCUUUGGAUUGAUUUAUCUUCCUGCUAUUGUUAGUGUUACGUGUUAUUUUGAAAAAAGGCGAGCUUUCGCAACGGGCAUAGCAGUAUGUGGCUCUGGAAUUGGAAGUGCGGCCUUUGCCCCGCUUACGGAAUGGCUCAUCCGCCUUUAUGGUUGGCGAGGGGGACUUCUUAUAAUUGCAAGCCUGCUGUUAAAUUGUUGCGUUUUCGGAGCUUUAUUAAGGCCUCUUGAAGAAACCGAAUCUGACGAGGAUGAAGAUCAAGUUAAUGCAGACAAUAAUAAUAACGUUGAUUCCUGCAAAAAGAUAAUUGAAGAACCUAUCAAUGACAGUAAAGUUACUCCACGAAAUGUUAUUUUAGCUAAAAAGAUAACUGCUGAAAAGCCGGAAAACAACGCUAGAGAUAUUGGUACUAUUAUGAUAAAUACAUCCUUUUCUAACAUUGAUGGACCAGUUGUUGGUUCAGUAUCCAGUUUAGCUCUUGGAAACAAUAUACAAAACGAUCAAACACGCUUACCCAUGUUGACCAUAUCUGAGCCACUAAGUCCAUCUCGUCAUUCCAUAUGUGCCUUGUAUCCACCAAUGACUGGUCAACUUCAACCUUCAGGUGAACUUGCAGAAAAACAUGAAAAUUUGAAUAUUGGUAAUAAUCUAAUGAAUGGCUUAACGAUUGCCAAUGGAAAUACAAAUAAUUAUUUAAUGCAGCAAAAUUUAAAGAUAGGUAACGACAAAAACCAAUUUAAUUCAACUCAACAAGAAAAUCAAGUGGCAAACAUGGAAUCUUGUAAUACAACCUGUCGACGGAAACAUUCAGUUACCAGUUCAUGUGGUAUUUUAUAUCGACGAGAUAUAUUUUAUUCGGCAUCUUUAAUGCAUCUAAAUCUUCCUACAAAUCACAAUCCAAACAAUAAAUUGUCUUACUCAGCAUCAACAUCAGCUGUGAAUGAUUUGAGUACUUCAUCCAUUGGUUCUGACGCUAAUCCUGAUACGAGAGCAUCCAUUGAAAAGUCUAUGGUUAACAGAAACAAUGAUUUCAACUUACAAAACAAUGAAAUGUUGAAAAGUUCAUCCAAGUAUAUUAUUUCUUCUUGCUCGUCAUCGUCACUUUCAUCAUCAGCAUCUUCCUUAAACUCUUCCUCUUCCUUAUCUUCAUUGUCAAUCAUCUCCAAGUUCAAAUUCUCGUGUAUGUCUGAUUGGUUGGCCUUUCUUUGUAGCGCUGAAGUCCGAGAUACUCUUGAUGAAAUGAUGAACUUUCGUCUUCUACGAAACCCAAUUUUUCUUGUCUUUUCAAUUUCAAAUUUAUUGACUUCUUUGGGCUUUUAUGUUCCCCAUAUUUACAUUAAAGACCGUGUUGUUGGAUUGCAAUUAGCCUCUGAUUCUGAGGCAUCCAAUUUACUCGCCAUAAUGGGAAUUGCAUCAACGAUUGGUCGAUUAAUUUUUGGCUUUAUCUCAGACUUGCAAGUAAUUAAUCGACUUUUAUUAUUCAAUUGUUGUAUCUCUCUUUGUGGCCUUACAACAAUUCUCAGUUCGUUUGUCCAAACUUACACCUACAUGGCCUUGUAUUGUGCUAUAUUUGGGAUCACUUGUGGAGCCUAUGUUAGUUUAACGUCCGUUAUAUUGGUUGAUCUUCUGGGUAUUGAAAAGCUUACAAAUGCUUUUGGAUUGGUUUUACUUUUUCAAGGAGUUGCUUGUUUAAUUGGACCUCCAAUUGUUGGUUGGAUGUUUGAUUUAACUGGCUCUUAUGACCCAGGAUUUUCUUGGGCUGGAUCUAUGAUCUUAAUUGGUGGCUUAAUCCUAUUCCUUCUUCCCUACCUUGCCCAUGGUAGAUUCAAAUUAACUUUGCAUAACAAUAAGCGUAAAACUCCUAAAGUUGUAGUUAACGAUAGCCUUGUUGUUGCAUAAAAUCCCCACUUAGCAAAGUUCUCAAGAGAGCGAAAAUUUAUCUCUAUUUUUACAUAUUAUACAGGCCAUUAUUAUAAACCAAGUGUACAAGUCUAAUCGAUCAAAUUUUAACCAAAACUACUUAUAUGAACCUUACUGUAAAUUGUGAAAAUACUCGUCAAUGUGAAUCCCUUUAUUUCCAUUCAAUGUAAAUGUAAUGUCUCCAUGUAAUAUUACAAUUAUAAAUAUAAUAUAAUAUUAAAAUUUAAAUAUUUCAAAA